CUCUCUCUCUUCUCUCCAUGAAAAUUUGAUUGGAGCAGUGAUAAAAAUUCAGAGACUCUCUCACACACACAUUUUCACGCACUAGAUGGGGAAGUAUACCAGGAAAGCCAAGGUCACUGUCGGCGUCGCUCUCAUGGACGUCUCACAAUCCUACCUCGGCGUCCGCACCCGCGCCAAAACCCUAGCUCUUCAGCGCCUACAGUCCACCACCGCCGCCGCCCCUUCGCCGCCUCCGUCAAAACCAGACGCCUGUUACCUAGAGCUACGCUCGCGGCGCCUCGAGAAAUCCAUGCAGCAGGAAAAUUCCCCAACUUCCCCACACAGUUGUGGCUGCAGAGGUGAAAUUGAAGAGGAGGAUUUGUCAAUUGAAACUUCUUUUGGGGAAAAUAACUUGGAUUUUGAAGCUAGGGCAAGGGGAACGAGGGAAAGCACUCCGUGCAGUUUAAUUGAGACUACCGAUACCAGAAUUACCCCUGGUUCUACUACAAAGCAGGCACGUUCGACACACUCUACUCAAAAAGUUCAAAAUGCCCUUCUCCUUAAUGUUCCUUGUGCUCGUGAAUUGGAGGAGUUUUUUGCCCGCGAGGAGCAGCCUUUGCAGCGCCAUUUUAUCGAGAAGUACAAUUUUGACUUUGGGAAAGAGUUACCUCUGGCGGGGCGUUACGAGUGGGUGUCGGUGAGGCCUUGAGGACGAUACGAAAUAUCGUAGAAAUGCAUAUUCCCAUGUAAUGAGUGUGUGUGUCAGUGUAUGUAUAGUGGAACAGAGCCAGAGCCCUUUGGGAAGAAGAAUGCAUUUUAAUUUUAUGUUUAGAAAAGUAGAGAUGUAGAGUUUGCUGACUAACCAUAGUAGAAAUAGAACUCUUGGAGCAAUGUAUCACUAGCUGCUCUAAUAGAUCAAUCCCCUUAUCCUUGUAUAUUUUGCUACUCAGCUGCAGUAACACUUUAUCUAUAUUGUCAACUCUCUCUCGAUCUCGAUCUCGAUCUCGAUCUCGAAGUUUUGUGAUUUUUAUUUUUUGAUUU